AUGUCGAUAGAAAAAGUAUUUGUCCCCCUUUGGACAAUUCUUUAUUAUGUCCUUCCCUACUUCACGACUUAUGGGUCGUUGCGCAAUAUUCCUGGUCCCUUCCUUGCAAGAUUCAGCAAUACGUGGGUAGCUUACCACGCUCGCCAAGGGCAGAAGUUUGCCGCCGUCGACAGAGCUCACAGAAAAUAUGGACCACUCGUCAGAAUUGGCUACAACCAUGUCUCCAUUGCAGACGAACGAGGCAUCCAGACAGUGUAUGCGCAUGGCAACGGCUUUCUCAAAGACCACUUCUACGAAGCUUUCGUGUCUGGCGUACCCGGAGUCUUCAAUACCAGGGACAGAGUGGAACACACUCGCAAGCGCAAGAUUGUCGCUCAUGCUUUUUCGCCCGGUGCUGUUGCGGCAUUCGAGACGCAUAUGGCAGAGAACCUUCAUCGCUGGGUCACGCAGCUCGAUCGUAUCGCCGCGACUCCUGCUUCAGAUGGCUACGCAAGAGUCAACAUGAUGCCAUGGUGUACAUACAUUGCUUUUGACAUCAUCGGUGAUCUGGCUUUCGGUGCACCCUUCGGCAUGGUCGACAAAGGUCGCGACGAGUGUGAAGCACAACUCACACCCAACGGUCCCAUCACCCUCGCCGCAGGAGCAGAAACACUCAACCGUCGCGGUGAAGUCUCAUCAACACUAGGUCUAUUACUCUCACUCAAGCCAUACGCCAAGUAUCUUCCCGACCCUUUCUUCAGCAAAGGCCUACAUGCAAUCCAAACCCUCCACGGUAUCGCCUCCAUCGCCGUUUCCAAACGCCUCGACGCCGUGGAAAAGAAAGACGCAAACCAAAAUUCACGCCACGAUAUCCUAGAUAUGCUGGUACGCAGCAAAGGCCCCGACGGCAACCCAAUGCAACGCGACGAACUAACCUCCGAAGCCCUGACGCAGCUGAUCGCAGGCAGCGACACCGUAUCCAACACCUCCUGCGCGAUAAUCUACUGGAUCCUACAAGGCGAAAGAGCAGCCCCGGGAACCAUCCUACCUCGAUUGCAAAAAGAACUGGACACGGCAAUACCAAAUGACAACACGAUAGCCACGCAUGCGCAAGUCAAGACCCUCCCGUUUCUACACAGAUGUAUAGACGAAGGCAUGCGUAUUCAUUCAACCUCCGCCCUGGGCCUCCCCCGUAUCGUGACUUCACCCCAAGGGUUCACAUUCACCUCUGCCUCCGCAUCCAGCACACACUUCCCAACCGGUACAGUCCUCAGUGUUCCUAGCUAUACUGUCCACCACUCCGCUUCGAUCUGGGGCCCUGAUGUCGAAGCUUUCAACCCUGAUCGUUUCUUACCUGAUCGGCUUACCGCGAGUCAGAAAAUGGCGUUUAAUCCUUUCAGUUACGGGCCCAGGGCUUGUGUGGGCCAGAAUGUUGCGGGUAUGGAGCUGGGGUUGAUUGUGGGGACGUUGUUUAGGAGGUAUGAGAUGUUGUUGAGGCAGGAUGGGUUGGAGUCGAUGGAGGGGUUUUCGAAGAAGCCGGGGAGUUGUUGGGUUGGGAUUAGGAGGAGGGUGUGAUUGUUGCCAGCUCUGGUGAUGAUCGAGUCGUGAGCUCACACUCUUGUUAGCAUUGACGGUGUCCCUCUGCCUCCAAGAGAUGUUCAAGUUGAGAUCAGGAAGUGUAGGUCG